UCGAGUGAGACCAAGCCGGUUACGGCGCCUGUCGUCGACGAUGCGACCAACACAACCUCAGCUGAGGGAAGUGCAGAGCCCAAGGGCGAGUCCCACAGCGACCGCAAGCGAAAGCGAUUUCAAGACGACGGACUCAAAUUUGGUCGCGGUGGUAAGAAGAGAGAUAUGGGCAGGAACGCGUGGUCACGAGAGCAGCCAGACCGAAGAUCUCGCAAUGACGAAGAAAAGAAGAAGCCGCGUCCAGAAAACUCGGUCCUGCCUGCACCUUUCGCUCAGGAUGAGAUUGCCGCAGAGGAGCGCAAGCCCAAGCGCAAGGUCGCCGUCUUGAUUGGAUACAGCGGCACUGGCUACAAGGGCAUGCAGAUCAACACGACCGAGAAGACGAUUGAAGGCGACCUGUUCACAGCCUUCGUCCAAGCUGGUGCCAUCUCAAAGGCCAACGCCGACGACCCCAAGAAGUCAGCACUUGUCAGAUGUGCCCGUACCGACAAGGGCGUCCACGCCGCAGGCAACAUGAUCUCGCUCAAGUUGAUCGUAGAAGACCCCGACAUUGUCCAGAAGAUCAACUCGCACCUAUCACCACAAAUCAGAGUCUGGGGAAUCGAGAGGACAAUCGGUAGCUUCAGCUGCUACCAAGUCUGCGACAGCCGUUGGUACGAAUACCUGAUCCCCUCGCACGCCUUCUUGCCGCCACACCCGAGCAGCUGGAUGGCGAGAAACCUGGAGGAGGCUGCCGACGAGGUUGGUGACCGUGAAGGUUACGAAUCUCGUCAAGCCGAGGUCAAGGACUUCUGGAAGACGGUAGAAGAGCGCGACAUCAAGCCAAUUGUUGAUGCUCUGGAUGACGACAUUCGCGAUUUGGUCCUACAAGCCAUUCACGAGCCUUCUGACUUCAAUCCUGAUGGAGAGCAGCAAGAGAAGCAGGAGGACCAGGUCAAGAAGACGGCCGACCUCAAUACAUCGACACCUGCAGAUGCUGAGGCCAAGCCCGAAGCUGCUGCUGAGGCUGCUGGCACAACUGACACUCCUAUGCCUGAUGAGUCUGCCACUCUUGAGUCGACAAACAUGCCCACGGAACAGAAGAAACGUAUCGAGGCUGCUGUCAAACAGCUCAAGAUCGCUUACAACGCUGCUCGUCGCGCAUACCGCAUUCCCGAUGUGCGUAUCGCUCGUGUCCAAGCUGCACUGGACUCUUAUGUCGGAACUCGCAACUACCACAACUUUACCAUUCAGAAGACAUACAAGGAUCCUUCAGCUAAACGUAAUAUCAAGUCGUUUGUCUGCAACCCGAAACCUAUUAUCAUCAACGGAACUGAGUGGUUGUCCCUCAAGGUCCACGGUCAAUCUUUUAUGAUGCACCAAAUUCGCAAGAUGGUCGGUAUGGUUGCAUUGACUAUUCGCUGUGGUGCUCCUAUCGAACGCAUCGUCGAGGCCCAGGGCGACCAGAAGAUCAGUAUACCCAAGGUCCCUGGUUUGGGUCUGUUGCUAGAGCGCCCUGUAUUUGACAGCUACAACGAUAUUCAAGCUGUCAAGCACGACAAGGAGAAGCUUGAUUUCGGCAAGUACGAGAAGGAGCUCGAGGAGUUCAAACAAAGGGAGAUUUACCAGAGAAUCUUUGCCGAAGAAGAAAGAGACAACACUUUUGCACGAUGUCGGCAACAAGUACUGAUUGACAACUACAAGGAGCGCCACUUCUUGUACUUGACAUCAAAGGGUCUCGAGGCUAUCAAGGGUGCGGGCAAGCUGGAUGAGCAGAGAGCAGCAAAGUCAAAGAACGACGGCGCCGAUGCUGAGGAGAUGCAG